GAGAAUCUAUCGUGCUUCCAAAAAUUAGAAAACAUGUCAGAUCAGAUUUUUCAGAGGUCACAAAAUAUUUUGAAAGCCCGACGAUAGAUUCUCCUGAGACGGCCAACUGUACACAAAAUAUAAUUGAAACUCCUACGACAGAAGGUUACUAUAAAAUUGGAAACACAGCUUUUAGUAGAAUCUUGUCACUAAAAGCUUCUUUUAUUCACUAA